AUGUUCUCCGACAUUAAAUACUUGCUUUUUAUCACUUGCAUGGUAUCAGGUAAGUAUGUUAUAAGAUAGUUAAGUACAUUUCUUAUUAAAAAAAUAAAACUAAAACCUUGUUUUCAGCUGAUUUUUUCAACGAACUCAGUAACUACCUGAAACCGGCUGCCAUAAACUCUGAAAUUGCUGCUCAACUCGGUAAAGUUUUAGUUGAAAGUGAACUGGCAGCAAAUCCCAAGAUAAUUGAUGAUUUGAUCCCAGUGGAUGGAAUGAUGGUCAGGUACAUCUGGCAGUUGGCCAAGCCUCUGGAGUUGUUGUCAAGCUCGGUUUGUCCAGAUUGUGUUGGUUUUGUCAGUGAUUGGCAAAAGGGCUUGGUUGAUCAUCCUGCUACUAAUGUUAUGGUAGGUGGGGUUGAGCGGGUGAUUUUAGGUUGGGUGAGUAAUUUUAGGCUAACGAAAUAUAGAUUCAAAGAACGUUUAUAAAGCCGAGACAACUCCUCUUUUUUCUAUCAGCUUAUAGUACCAUACUAUGUUUCUACAACAUAAUAUUACCUAAAAACCUUAAAAUUAAAUUUUCAGAUCCCGAUGUCAUGUGCCCUCUUACAAGUAGUCAAAUCAGAACUAGUACCAGUUUGUGGUGUAUCAUCGAUUGGAGCCUUACUGUAUUUUCACAAUUCCAAACCAAAAGCGAUUUGUGAAAUUUUCUGUUCAGCUAACUCAACAUCAAAGAGAAAUGCCGCAUUUGAUGCCAAUGAAUUCGCACGAGAAGUUCGAAAUGUUUUCAAAAAUUUAAGGAAAGGUCAAUAA